AAAAAAACCCUAACCCUAGCUUCAAUUAAGCUUCUGAAUUUUGAAUUUGGAAUACCAAAAGAAGACGAAGAAGACAGGUUGUUACAGUGUGAGAGAAAAGAAUGAAGCAGAGAAGACGAGGGAAAAAAGGGGAAGAAGUUCAGCUUUGUCCCGACGUUGAAAGACUGGAAUUGGGCCGACCGGGUCGGGCCGAUUCUUUUCUUUAUGGUCUUGACUAUCAAACAUUGGACCUCGUCGCCACAAUUGGCUUUUCCCGUCCCAUUGGACUCUGGGCCCAUUUGAUAAUGCUAUUAAAACUUUUUGGAAAAUUAAAAUGCGCUCUAAAAAGAAAUGAAUAAAUGAAUAAAAAACCUAAAGACUGGUUCACUUGGGUGAGAGCAGAGGAGGAAGUCCAAUUGUAGGGAGAGAGACACCAGAGAGAGCGAGAGAGGUCGGAAAGUUCAGCUGCGCCUCUUCCCCAUCAGAGCUUUUCAACUCAACUUUUGAAAGGACCGCGUUUAGUAUUACAGUGUGCCCUAGGUCUUAGUAGGUUUCGCGCCGCGAUGGAAAUUGAUUCUGACUUUAGCAAGAUGAAUAUAAAAUCAUCGGAGCAAAGUGACGCUUCGACGCCAAUGGAUUCCGAAGAUUCCUCCAGUACUCAGCUCAAUUUUGCCCUUGAAAUGUUUGGAUAAUUUAUUUGGCGUGUUUGGUAUUGCUUAGAAGGCAAAGGGCAAAGAAAAGGAGGAACUGAGCGAUUCCAUGGAGAAACUAAAUAUUGACAAGUCAUCUUCCGGGCAGGCAGGGACUUCAUCAUCUAACUUUAGGAGAAAACCGGUUAUUAUUAUUGUUGUUGGGAUGGCAGGGAGUGGAAAAACAACAUUCCUAAAUCAGCUGGUCUGCCACACUCAAGCUUCAAAUAUUCGGGGUUAUGUAAUGAACCUUGACCCUGCUGUGAUGACCCUCCCGUAUGGAUCAAAUAUUGAUAUAAGAGAUACUGUUCGGUACAAGGAAGUGAUGAAGCAAUUUAAUCUGGGACCUAAUGGAGGAAUUCUAACAUCACUCAACCUGUUUGCGACAAAGUUUGACGAGGUUAUUUCAGUUAUUGAGAGACGUGCAGAGCAGCUUGAUUAUGUUCUUGUUGAUACGCCUGGGCAGAUUGAGAUAUUCACUUGGUCUGCUUCUGGGUCUAUCAUUACAGAAGCUUUUGCGUCAACCUUUCCUACUGUGGUCGCAUAUGUAGUUGAUACACCCCGUUCAGCUAGCCCAGUUACCUUCAUGAGCAACAUGCUUUAUGCUUGUAGCAUCCUCUAUAAGACAAGGCUGCCUCUUGUUCUAGCAUUCAAUAAAAUUGAUGUGGCUCAACAUCAAUUUGCUUUGGAGUGGAUGGAAGAUUUUGAGGCAUUUCAAGCAGCUGUAAGUUCAGAUCAUUCAUACACUUCAACUUUAACUCAGAGCCUCUCCCUUGUGUUGGAUGAGUUCUAUAAGAACUUGCGUUCUGUUGGAGUUUCUGCGAUUUCUGGUGCUGGAAUGGAAGCCUUCUUUAAGGCCAUUGAAGCAAGUGCUGGGGAGUACAUGGAAACUUACAAAGCUGAACUUGAUAAAAGAAGGGCUGAAAAGCAACGAUUGGAGGAAGAUCGUAGGAGGGAGAACAUGGCUAAGUUGAGGAAGGAUAUGGAGAAAACUAAGCUAGAAACCGUGGGUAUGAACUCUGGUCCGAAGGACAAAGAAGAUAGGAUUGAACCCAUUAUGGAUGAAUUGAUUAAAAAGGAAGCCAUGAUGGAUGAAGAACAUGAAGAAGAGGAAGAGGAAGAUGAUGGUGAUGAUUAUGAGAGAUUUAGUGAAGAUGAAGAUGUUAUAUAUGAGGAUGAAGAUGAGGAGGUUGAUAGGUUUACUUUUAAGUGAUGCUUCCGUUUAGAAAUAUUUUUGAAGCUACUUUGUAUAGUACUUCCAGAUAUAUAAUUUCACCCAUUAAAGACUAUUGGAUGAUACAAGUCUAAGUUUGGUUGAAAUUUAAGUGGGUUGAAGAGAUGAUGGCUAGAUAAUUUUAUAUUUGUUUAUUUUAGGGCCUGAUUUGCAUUGCUCUUAGCUUUUAAAAGUUGAUGUUGUUUUUACCCAGAGGUGAAAUCUUCUUCGAUAAGAAGCAGUUUUGUAAAGUUCAAUUAUUCCAAUUUUGGGCUUCUUCUUCUUU